AUGCACGCGUACCUCUUCCAUAAUGACGAGGAGCUUGAGCCAGUUGAGACCGGACUCAGCGAGAUGGAACUGGAAGAUGUGAAGACUGGGGAAGUGAGGAAUCAACGACGGUUUGGGUGGGCCUUUUAUGUCUUUCAGACAAACGACGAGGCCUCCUUGAGGAUGACCGCAUCGCAAGAUCCGAAGUACCGUUUCACAAAAACCCUGUGUGGAGUUUCAGUCGAGAUGAUGUGUACUUCAUUGUACCAAUUCAGAAGUGGCGAGAAGACCGGUUUGGAGAUGGGAGCUAACGAAAAGUGGCAGGGGGAAGUAGCCACUCUUGCAAGAUGA